GUAAUUACCCCCCGACAUCUGUUUUUCGUUUAGCGCAUUCGCACUGGAUAAGCCACGCUUGUGAUUUCGCUUGAAAUUACUCCGGAUAUGAUGUCAAGGCUUUGCGUAACAUCCGCUUCCUUGCUUUUCAACAUGGCAGCUAAGAAGAAAAGUCGGCAUUGGACACGGGAGGAGACACUUUGUUUGCUUAAUGUUUGGGCCGAACCGCGUUACCAAAGGCAAUUUGAACAGAUGGUGCACAACCACACUGUUUGGGAAAAUAUAUACCAAGAACUCGUCAUCCGGUGCCCGUCAAUACAGGACUUUGGAGAUUGGACAAAGGGUAAAGAAAGGUUGGAGUACCUGCGGAGAAAGUACCGUGAUAGCGUUAGAAACAACAACACGACUGGAACGAACCCCAUUAAAUGUCCUUAUUUUGACGAACUGGACGCUGUUCUCGGUUGCCGACCAAUGAACAACCCCGGAGACAUGAGGAUGGACAACGGGGGGAGUUCAGAUGAGGAGUCUGACUGUAUACGUUCAUCUGACAGCACUGAGGAUCACAACACCUCAAGGCAAAAUGAUGCAGAGGAGGCAUGCAGUCAUGGCUCAGCUUCCAAUGCAACACCACCACAUCAUCCACCUGCUGAACCCAAGCCACAAGCACGCCGGUCGAGGAAGGGCCGAAAAACCCAGAUAAUGGAGGCAAUGGACAAGGGUCUGGAUCAUCUCCUGCAAUAUGAGAAUGCCCACGAAAGGGAGCGGUUUGAAUGGGAAAAAGAGAUGGAGAGAAAUAGAAUGGAGCUGGAAAGGAAACGCUUGGAUUUUGAAGAAGAUGGAAGCUGAGGAAAAGAGAGCAGAAGAGAACAGGGCAUUAAUGCUCCAGAUGUUUCAGUGCUUUAGGCCCCAGUCCCACAAUUCACCUUAUCUGGGCCCUCAUUACUACCCUUAUCCAACACCUUCACAACGUCCAUCAGCUGAGAGCAUGGAAUUUCCAUCUACAGCUCCUGGACCCCCUGCCCCAGCAGCAUAUCAAAUGCACUACUUCAACGACGCACCCAAAUAAUUUUUUGUGCCUUGCCGGAAACCAGUAUUUGAUGUUAUGCCUUCUAGAUGUAGAGUGUUGCUGUUUACAGGAAAGACAGGACAUCUUUCAGUUUACAAUUUUAUUUGUCACUUUGCUUUGAUUGUGUUGGUUUCAGUGGAUCCCUACAUAAAGCAGUAUUUUGCACAUUUUUUUUUAUGAAAAAGUUGGAACUGUAACUUCAGCUGGACAAAUUAUGAAUAUGUCUUUGUACUUCAGGAAAGCAAUGUUUGCACAUUUAAUUUAUAUUUUGUAACAAAAGGUUGUAUUUUUUACAAAGUUUAUACUAAAUAACGGUUUAUUUCAUGUCCAAAUACUGGAAAAAAGUAUAACAACAGCUGAAAGUGACCUGACGUUCUGAAAUAAAAGUUGCUGUGCACUACAA